UAUUUCGAACAUCAAAGUUUGUCUGUCUGACACUGUGAUGACUGACGGAUAGAAGCAUCAAUGCGGAGGCAGAUAGAGAUGAUUGCGGUUGUCUUUCUUCUGUGUGCUGUCGAGCUUCUCUGCACUGAUGGCAGAGCAGAGCAGAAUCAGGCCUGUGUGACCAGUCAUGAGGUGGCUUGCUUUGAGCCAGCUGACUAUCUGAAUGCAUCUGAUUCUGUCAGCGUAGAGGUGAGUGUUGGUAAGAAACUCAACAUCUCCCUGGCGCACUUCUCUGAAUUCCCUGUUUGCCACUGGAUCAGAGGAGCUGACCCAAUACUGACAGUAAAUGGGAGUAACUACAUGGUCCUGCUGCCGCUUUCUGAGAAAGAUUCAGGGGAGUUUACGCUGAGCUGUGAAACCAGCGAAGGGACCAGGUCCUCACUGGCUGUGUCUCUGCAUGUAGUAAUGACACGACCCACAAAACCAAACCUGACUCUGGACAAUUUGAAUGUCAGAGGGUCUUCCCCUCUUUUCAAAUGCACCUCUGAGGGCAUCCCAAAGCCCACAAUUAAAUGGACUGGUAACAAGGUUGGGAAAGAUGUUUCUGCAAACAGUGCAAUGGCAACUAGCACAAUAUCCAGUAGUGAAUAUUCUCAAAAAGGAGUGAUGUGCUGUGCUACCAAUGCCGAAGGACAAGAAUGCUCUCAACUCUAUGACUACGACCUUGACACUUACGAUAUGAAAUCUGAUGUGGACAUCGUGAGACCGGGUCAGUCUUUACUUCUACGCUGCCGAAUACAACAGUAUGGGAAGCAGCUAUUUGUGUGGAAGUAUGGCAACAAAACAAUGGACACCUCCAUAUUAGCAUGCUCUUCUAAAGUCACGAAGGAGAUUUGCAUUACAUAUGAUUCACAUGGAAAAAGUCAGAUGUCCUACUUAUUCAUCAAGUCGGUUAAUGUUGACCACAGUGGCACAUACACCUGCAGUCAAAACAACAAAAUAAAGUCAGUUGACAUUCGUGUCAAAGCCGAGGGGUUCAUCUCUGUCCAGCUGAAUAAGAGCAAGAUCAUACCAGCUCAGAAUGCAUCACGCUCCUGUUUACAAGCCAGUGUUUCCUACCACCCUGAACUCCAGCAGUGUUCCUGGGAAGCUCCUGAUAAAAAAAUGACGAAAUGCAUCAGGGACGAUUGGGUAACAAAACACAGGACCCUGAAGCUAUGUGAUGUACGCAAAUCAGGAGAUUAUAAAUUACACUUGGAGGCUGCCGGACAAAAAGAAUCAAAGACUAUAGCAGUGUGUGUUGUAGACACACCGAAGUUCAAAUUCAGGGUUAACGAGGUCAAUAACACCUUCACCUUUGAGACCACAAGUCUCGUGCCAGCAAAUUAUACCUGGAUGUCUUGUUCGGCGUCUAACAGUACCUGUGAAAUAGACUCUUCCUGGAAGGAGAUCCCAGAAGCCUCUCAAAAUGACUCGGAUGUCUUCUGUGAGAAGAUAAUCAAGAGCUCUCUGAGCAGAGAUCUAGUGGAUGGACACCAUUUAAGGUUCUGCCUGACAAACUCAGUUGGCUCCUGGUGCCAAACUCAAUACUCAAUAUACUCCCCACCUUUAAUCCAGGCCUCCAGAGGUUCUGCAAAUAAUGAUGACGGUAGCUUGGUGCUGAAAGCAUGCAGUUUGACUCUGUUCCUGGCUUUGGCGAUAGUUAGCGUCCUGCUCAUAUACUUUGUCAAAAAGAAGAAACCCCAGUAUCAGCCCCAGCUUCAGAUAAUCCAGAUGGUUGGACCCAAUGACAACGAUUACAUCUACAUAAACUUCAAGGAGUUUGGGUACGACCAGAAAUGGGAGUUUCCCAGGGAGAACCUGGAACUGGGUGAAGAACUGGGCUCCGGAGCUUUUGGCAUGGUGGUGCAGGCUACAGCUUAUGGCAUCAACAAGCCUGGAGUCUCACAGCAGGUGGCCGUCAAGAUGCUUAAAGAGAAACACCAGACGGUGGAGAAGGAGGCGCUGAUGUCAGAGCUGAAGAUGCUGACUCACAUUGGUCACCAUGCCAACAUUGUUAACCUGCUUGGAGCGUGCACGGACUCGGGACCCACAUACCUGAUAUUUCAGUACUGCUGUAAUGGAGAUCUACUGAACUACCUAAAGAAAAACCGAGAGCGCUACCACAAGUCUGUGACCGAUGCUUUCAACAAGGACCGCUUCAGCAGCCUUUACCACAACCUGCAGCCCAGGAAAAGCUCUGGUGAGCCAGACACGGCAGUGGACAAUUACGUGCCAAUGUACGGCUCUACCACCAGAGGGCAGGAGGACAUCGCUCUACUGACCAUCAACUCCGGUGACAUGGACAGCUUUGAAGACCCAAUAGUGUAUGAAGACCCCGACGAUCAGAGAGAGGAGCUGCAAACCCUGACCUUUGAUGACCUGCUCAGCUUUGCCUUCCAAGUGGCCAAAGGCAUGGAGUUCCUCUCCUCCAAGAAUUGCAUCCAUCGAGACCUGGCAGCUCGGAACGUGUUGGUGACAAAUGGCAGACGGGUGAAAAUUGGUGACUUCGGACUGGCCAGAGACAUCGACAACGACUCCAACUAUGUCGUGAGAGGAAAUGUGCGUUUGCCAGUGAAGUGGAUGGCACCAGAGAGCACCUUUCAGGGGAUCUACACCAUGAAGAGUGACGUCUGGGCUUAUGGCAUUCUGCUCUGGGAAAUCUUCUCACUUGGUGUGACUCCGUACCCGGGCAUGAAGGUGGAUCACACGUUCUAUUCAAUGAUUGAAAGAGGAUUUAAGAUGGAUUGUCCAUACUACGCCAACGAGUCUGUGUACGGGAUGAUGUGUAAGUGUUGGUCUCUGGAUCCCAGCAACCGACCAUCUUUCUCCAAACUGGUGUCCUUUAUGUGUGAUCAGCUGAUGGACAGAGAGGAGAAGCUCUACCAUAACAUGCUCGACCAGACUGACAGCGACUACCAGAAUGCAGCAGCCAUUUUGGACAUUUCCGCCUUGACAACGCAGAACGAGAACAAGACUCAGUCAACCAAUGAUUACUGUCGAACCCAUGCGACUGAAGAAAGCAAAGCUGAAGUGUCUGACUCAGACACUGUGGCAGCUGAGGAGAAGCUUGUGAAGCCACCUGAUACGGAGUGAUCGCCAAAUGUUCACACCAAUUUAUCUAUAUAUAUAUUUGAAACAGUUUAUAUAAGGUUUUCCUCAUAGUAUUAAUCUCAAGAGUGACAGUAGAAUGCACUUGCUUUAUUUUCUAUUAGAAUAUUGUAACAAGAUUUGGCUUGAUUCGGCCUGUAGCCUGAAAAACUUUUGGUUUUAGCAUAUACAUAUCAUAUAUAUUGUUGUGCAGUGAAAUGUGAUGCCAAUUACUUUGUUGUGUUCUCUUGUAUUACACCAGCAGCUAUUACUUGCAGAUUAAACCCAAUAUUUUUACACAUUUAUAUAUCUUUUUUAAACAAAGCUUUAUUUUUGAAAUAUUUUAGUGGAAUUUUGUAUUAUCUUUAUUUCUUUGUGUUUGUAGCAUUAUACCUGCAAUAAAAUGUACUUUACCCCAAAC